AUGCUGGGAGAUCCCGAGACACGACUUCGAGAAGCUAUUAUUGAAGGUAAAUUACUGAUAGUGAAACGAUUACUCCGACGCUACCCGAAUAUCUUGCAUAACAUAGAUUGUCGGAACGGUUGGAGUUCGUUACACUAUGCAUCAUUCCAUGGUCGAUAUUUGAUUUGUGUACACCUGAUUCAAUUGGGUCAUGAAUGCACAAUCCGGACUUUUAAAGGUAAUUCGUGUAUUCAUUUAGCCCUUUUGAAUGGACAUGAACAGACUACACAUCUGUUGUUACAAUAUUUCCCUCAAUUUAUUAAUGAUAAGGGCGAAAGGGGUAAGAGUCCCCUACAUAUAGCGUGUAUGUUUGACUAUGAUCGGUGUCUUAAUUUAUUGAUUGGAUUAGGUGCAGAUAUAAACGUUAUUGAUGAUAAUGGUGAUGGUGUGAUGCAUUUAUGUUUACAAUAUAGCAGUUUAAAAUGUAUGCACGUUUUAAUUAAAGAGGGAAAAUUGAUUAAUGACGAUCAAGAAAGAGAUAAGGAUAAUUGGCGACCUAGUGAUGUAAUAAGCACAUUUGAAAUGGGUAUAAUAUACAAGAAGGCCUUAACUAAGAGGAAGUUACAAGUGAAAUCAAAGACGAAUGGACCCUUUAGUACACCGGUAGAAUCUGUAGUGGAUAAGUUCCAAGGAUUGAAGUUAAAUAUUACUACUCCAUUGACCAUAAAUCAAUAUCAGGAGGGGUCGCCUGCUCCAGCUGGUGUGAAAUCUCCAAAAAUAGAUAUUCCUGUGUUUACACCCACGCAAAGGAACUUUCCUGAUCGAGAUAGGGAUAGUGUGUCUGCAAUAUCUCUAUCCAGUACUGAUGAUGAUGGUAGUGGAAUUGAAGGGGUUAACGAACCAAGAGAUCGCAUUGAGGCGUACCUGGCACAGGACGAUGAUGACAAAGAACGAAACGAAGAUGUUGAGGAUAAAAUUACACGAGAAAGAUCAGUGACCAUUACGAAAUCAAAGCAAAGUAUUGAGUUAAUUGAUAAGUAUUUAGUGGGAGAUGAUGUAAUGGAGAUGGUGAAGACUAAACGAUCACCAGGCCAUAUUAAGAAAUCGUUAUUGAGUGUCCCAGUGGCAAAAUUAAGAAAAUGA